UUGCCGUGCUAGCUCUCAGCCAAUAGCCAGAGUGUUUGCUCGCCGCCAGCCAAUGGGAGCGCGGCACUUCCCGCCGCCAGCCAAUAGGCGCGGGGGGCGGACCUUAGAGUAACGCUCAGAGCGGCGGCGAUGGCCCCGGAGCGCGGUGAUCGCUCCCUUUCCGCCGGUACCGAGGGUCUUCCCCGGGUUUUCUUGCAGAGCCUGCGGACUCUUUUCGAUAUCCUGGAUGACCGGCGGCGAGGUUAUGUGCACCUACGGGAGAUCGAAUCGCGGUGGCGGGGAGCGGAAGCCCAGGAGCUGCCCGCCGGGGUGAUGGAGGGAUUGCGGCAGGCGGCGCCGGCCAGCGGCUACCUCACCUUCGAGAGGUUCGUCCUGGGGCUGCGGGCGGCCCUCCCUGGGGCUGAGCCCCCAGUGGAGGGUGGCAGCGGCGGACGGCGGAGCGUGGAGAAGCCACCAAGCCCUCGCUGUUCCGAGGAGCGGCGGGGAAAGAGCGCCGGGCAGCGGGAACCGGGGCACGGCCAGCCCCGAGGCCGCGGUGGUGAUGCAAAGUCUGCUGGGCAGUCCCAGGGAGACAGUGGCCACCCAGGGACUGGGGACAUUCGGAGGCAUCAGAGGGGCCGUGCAGAACACCGAAGACACACCAUCACCAAUGGCGUGGACUUCAGCAUGCUGAAGUACGUGAAGGAACUGGAACAGGAGAAGGAUUUCCUGUUGCAGGGUCUGGAGCUUAUAGACCGGGCUCGAGAGUGGUACCACCAGCACAUCCAGCUCAUGCAGGAGCACCAGCGGCUCCUGGGGAAAAAGAGAACCAGUGCUAAUUUCCCUGAAGGUGGCCAGAGCCACCUGGGGCACCUGGUCCCCAAGCUGCAGGAGGUGAACCGCUGCCUAGGUGACCUUCUUUCCACUGCUGGCAAGACAGCAAAUCCCUCCUCAGCGCUUAGCAGGCUGGUCCCUGUGAUGUCCCCAGGCUCCACAGGCUCCCAGCAAGCCAUCAACAUGCUAAAGGAGCAGAAUCGGCUUCUCACCAAGGAGGUGACUGACAAGAGCGAGCGCAUCACCCAGUUGGAGCAGGAGAAAUCUGCCCUGAUCAAGCAACUCUUUGAGGCUCGUGCCCACAACAGCCAUGAGAUGAGCCAACUGGACUCCACCUUCAUCUAGAACAUGCCUCCCCUGCCCCAUUCCCAAAUUUCCCCAAGGGUUUCAAGGACUUUUGCCCCAGACUCAUCACACCAGCUGUUCCAGGUGUUCUGUCUCAAGGUCUGGGGCUCCUGGUGGCAUCUCUGUGGGAGGAAGCCAAGACCCCUCUUGGGGAGCAUCCCUGCCCUGCUGGUGGCUUAUCAGCCAUGCUGCUCUCAAGCUGCUUCUUUCCUGUUUCACAGGGCUGCAGGGAUGCUGCUGUACCCUUGCUGACUUAGGCUGGAUUUUGGUUGCUUUUGGGGAAAAGUGAUGUAUCUCUGGACAAGUCUGGCCCUUAGAGGAUGCUGGCUCCUGCCUGUCCUGCCGUUGGAAGACAAGAUUGGAAAUCCAAGGAGGCAUGCCUGGCCCCUCUCUGCUGCCCAUGUUCUACCUGCCAGAGACACUGUCCUGGCCCUGUAGUGUCCAAACUGGUGGUCCUCAUGGCAACCCCUCUGUCAUGUUUGUGUUAGUGAUACUACAGUUGCUGUUUACAUGUCUGCAGGCUCCUGUAGGGGAUGAGCCAUAGACUCAGCCAAGAUAGCCUACACCUCUGAGCUGCUGUUUUGGGCUGUUGACAAGUGGAGACAGACACCUGACAUGUUACUUGGCUUGACCUGGCAAAUACUGCCUGCCAAGAUUAGAUUUUCAUGAUGACUGUAAAAGGAGUAGUGAUGUUCCAUAGCCUGAGGAUGCGCACAUCAACCUGACCUCACAGAGGGGCUUUCGAACUUGGUUUUGUAUUUAACUGAGUGUGGGACAGAGCAGAGGCUGACAGACUCUGCACUGUGCACAUCUCCACAUGGAGAAAUGGCAGCUCUGCCUCACGUGGUUGUGGAGGCUACUGCCAGGGAUGACAUCCUGAGCUGCACUUCUCUGCAGGUCUCUUGAGGGGUGGUGGUGGUCAGAGAUGGGUCCUAUUAGGUGGUGCAUCUCAGGACGCCUCCUGCUUCCCACCCAGCUCAGUGAUGAUGCUUGAGCUGAGUAAUAUUUGACUGUGUCUUGGUACUUGGUAUCCAUGGCUCUUCCACUGAAGAUCCCCUGUAGCGCAGCCUGGCCCUCUGUACCCUCACAACCAGGACCUUUCUCUCUGGGGGGUUGUUUCAUGCUCUGACUCUCCAGACAUAAUGCUGGGGUGCUAUGCUGGGCAGAAGGUGCUGGCUCUGCCCUGAGCUGACACAUGUAGGCCAAUUCUGUUCUCACUUCUGUUCUUAUCUGUCAGGACUCUGUGUCCCAUCCAGCUGUUCUCUUUGAGAUUGAUCCUGAGCUAAAGCUCACUGCAAGGUAUGAAUCCCUGCUCUGCCCUUGUGCCUGCAGCUGGAGUGGGGAUCAGCAGAGUGCCAGGGAGAUGUUGGAGGAGGAGCAGCCGUGGCUAGUCGUGUCCCCUAUCUGCAGGAGUUGGAUGUUAGUUGUCCCCUGGGCAUGAGUGCUUGCCAUCCUUUUUGUGAUGCCUCCUCUGGUGUCUGGUGCCUGUUUUGCCUGAGGUUUCAUUAGAACUGACCCUUUUCAUGAGGGUUACCUGUCUGUAGGGAUAAUAAAGUGGGGUGACCUAUUUAAUUUAUCCUUCUGUCUCUCUCCCUAAAUCAGCCCAUCUACUGCUGCCAACCCUGAAGUCCCUGACUGUCCUCUCAGAAUGCAGGGGGAGCUGAAGCUGCGAUCCGGUGAGCAAACAAAGAGCCCGGGGGUCUCUGCGCCUGGACAUGUUUCCAUGUCCUUUCCCAUCACUUCUGGGUUUCCCAGGGACUAGGGAUCCCCUGUCCCCUGCUGUGGAGCAGUGUAUUAAAGCUACCUCCACCCCUUUCA